UGGGGUGAAAGCUGCAGCGUGAUUGGUAAAAAGCACGUCAAUCGAAACGCCGACCGUAGUUACACACCGCCGAGGCAGUCCGUGACUGUACUCGGAGGUAAAAUGGCGCUGACUACUCAAGGAACAAAGAAGAAAGUUUGCUAUUAUUAUGAUGGUGAUGUUGGGAACUACUAUUAUGGCCAAGGCCAUCCAAUGAAGCCGCACCGAAUCCGGAUGACCCACAACCUCCUGCUGAACUAUGGGCUGUACCGCAAGAUGGAGAUAUACCGACCUCACAAGGCCAACGCGGAGGAGAUGACCAAAUACCACAGCGACGACUACAUCAAGUUCCUGCGCUCCAUUCGCCCGGACAACAUGUCAGAGUACAGCAAACAGAUGCAGAGAUUUAACGUGGGUGAGGACUGUCCAGUGUUCGACGGCUUGUUCGAGUUCUGCCAGCUUUCCACGGGAGGCUCUGUGGCCGGAGCCGUGAAGCUGAACAAGCAGCAGACGGACAUCGCCAUCAACUGGGCCGGAGGGCUUCACCACGCCAAGAAGUCCGAGGCGUCGGGGUUCUGCUACGUCAACGACAUCGUGCUGGCCAUCCUGGAGCUCCUCAAAUACCACCAGAGGGUGCUGUACAUAGACAUUGACAUUCACCAUGGCGACGGAGUGGAGGAAGCCUUCUACACCACUGACCGGGUCAUGACCGUGUCCUUCCACAAGUACGGAGAGUACUUCCCCGGCACCGGAGACCUCAGGACAGCAGGGUGGAGAUGUGUUUUCUGCAUGUGUGUAUGUGUGUGUGUUACAGGACACGCUAAGUGCGUAGAGUACAUGAAGAGCUUUAACCUGCCGCUGCUGAUGCUGGGUGGUGGGGGCUACACCAUCCGAAACGUGGCUCGCUGCUGGACCUACGAGACCGCCGUCGCCCUGGACAGCUCCAUCCCCAACGAGCUCCCGUACAACGACUACUUUGAGUACUUUGGACCCGACUUCAAACUGCACAUCAGCCCUUCCAACAUGACCAACCAGAACACAAACGACUACCUGGAGAAGAUCAAGCAGCGUCUGUUUGAGAACCUGCGCAUGCUGCCUCACGCCCCGGGCGUCCAGAUGCAGACCAUCCCGGAGGACGCCGUGCAGGACGACAGCGCCGACGAGGAAGAGGAGGAGGACCCCGACAAGCGCAUCUCCAUCCGCGCCCACGAUAAGCGCAUCGCGUGCGAUGAGGAGUUCUCGGACUCCGAGGACGAGGGCCAGGGGGGCCGCCGAAACACCGCCAACUUCAAGAAGGCCAAGCGAGCCAAGACGGAGGAGGAGAAGGAGGCGGAGGAGAAGAAAGAAGUAAAAGAAGAAGAGAAGCCCCCCGCAGAAGAAAAAAUGGACACGAAGGGGCCUAAAGAAGAGUUGAAAACGACGCCAUGAGCGGGAACACAGCUGCGCAUGAUUUUUUACUGAAAUGUCGGACCCUGCCGGUCACUAUAGCGCUGCUGCCAAACUUGGGUCCCUCCCCCCGCUUCCCCUGGUGACAUAAUUCUUUUUCAAAUUCAGUUUUUUCAUUGGCUCUGACUGCGCUAGAAACCCUCUCCCUGCUAACGGCAGUCAAGAUUUAUUUUUCAUUUGGUCUCCCCUACACUCUCGAAGCCUUGGGUAUAUUUUUUCUUUCUUCUGCUAAGACCUGACGUUUAAAAGAACAUUUGUGAUGUCACAAGCAUUUUUGUGAUGUCGCAGUAAUGUUGUUUUGAUGCCAGAAGUAUUUUUGUGAUGUCACAAUAACAUUGUUGUGAUGUCACAAGAACAUGACCGUGUUACAAAGACCCUAACAUGCAGCUCCCAGAGAAGGCUGUCCUAAUUUAUUUUAUUUUUUUCCCCAGGAGUUGUAUGUCUUUCCAGGUUUUUGUUUGGAUUUAAAUAGUAAUUUAAAUCAUGGAUGUUUUGGCAUUUGUUGGAAUGUCUACUCUCUUGCGCUGUCUUUACUCUGUGUGUGUGUGUGUGUGUGUGUGUGUGUGUGUGCGCGCAUGCGUGCGUGGGCAUGUGUGGGCAUGUGUGUGCACGUGCAUAUGUGGGCAUGUGCAUGUGUGGGCGUGUGUGUGUGCGUGCGUGCGUGUCUUCUCCUGCAGUGAUGCCUAGGAUAGCAGGCUUGCUGUCUAUGCUCUGCUCUCUUCAAUGGCUCUAUUUUUUAAAUUUAAGUGUUCUUUUUUUAUAUGAUGAUAGUCUUGGUUUUUAAGCUUCCCUCCUAGCAAAGGGGGGGGGGUCGGUCCGCAGGGCUGAAUUAACCUUCAGAUGGUCUCAGUUUUUUCACCAGAUUCUCUGGUGCAUCGGUUUUCCUGUUCACCAGACGUGGUGACGCCUCCCAAGAAAUCUAAAGGACUGUGACACUUUAUGGAAGUUCUGGAAGUUCCGUGGUUGUGAAAAUGCCAGUUUGUAAUGGAUUUUCGUGAAGAAAAAGAAAUUUAAUAAAUAAAAGCGUAAGGUUUGUUUUGUC